GGGGGCAUAUAUAAACAUGUCACAAGCACAAACUCAAGGUACCAUAGAAUUUUGCAGACCAAAAUCACCUGAGAAGUCAUUCAGAGCUUUUGCUUUUUGCACGAGUUGGGUUGGUCAUGGCAGACCAUUUGGGUUGGGGUAUAAUAGAAGAAGAGGGCUGGAGGAAGGGACCUUGGACUGCUGAGGAAGAUAGAUUGCUUGUUGAGUAUGUCAGGCUGCAUGGUGAAGGACGAUGGAACUCUGUUGCUAAUAUUGUAGGGUUGAAAAGGAAUGGGAAGAGCUGCAGAUUGAGGUGGGUGAAUUAUUUGAGGCCAGACCUCAAGAGGGGGCAGAUAACCCCUCAUGAAGAGAGCAUAAUUCUAGAGCUGCAUGCUAGGUGGGGGAACAGAUGGUCAGCAAUUGCUCGAAGCUUGCCAGGAAGAACAGACAAUGAGAUCAAGAACUACUGGAGGACCCAUUUCAAGAAAAAAGCUAAAGUCCCUUCUGAUGCUUCUAAAAAGGCAAAAACUCGACUCCUAAGGAGGCAGCAAUUUCAUCAGCAGCAGCAGCAGCAGCAGCAACAACAACAAUGUCAACAAAUACAGCAACAACAGUUGCAGCUGAAUCAAGUGGACAUGGAAAGGAUCAUGGCCCUGCUCGAUGAAAACGAGCAUAGAGCAACAUCUCAACCUCAGGUGAAGAAUGAAAUGACCACCAUUCACCCAAACACCACCGAGGAGCAGAACUAUUUUUCUUCCUUGUUCCAUAGCAACUUGCCUGUGCCUGAGGCCUCAAACGAGGAUAUAAUAUGGGAUGGAUUGUGGAUGGAUGAUGUCCAUGGCAACUUCAAUAUUGCAGCAAGUGUGACAAGCAGAGCUUCUCUGCAUAAUCUAGUCACUCCCUUUUGUUAAAGUUUGACAAGUCUCUGUUUUCUUAGCUUACUAGUGGCUUCAAACUGCUGCACAUAUUCAGAACAUUUGGGCUUUUCAUGAUGCAAUCUGGGCAAACUACCAUGUAUUUUGACAAUAAAGUGGUCCAAAAAAUGACGUGUGUGGCACGUAACAUGAAAAA